CUGCCGGCGGCCACUUCCGCUUCCGCCGGGGAGGUCCCCCAUCUGCGGUCAUGAGUCGCUUCAAGUUUAUCGAUAUUGGUAUCAACUUGACUGACCCUAUGUUCAGAGGAAUUUAUAGGGGGGUUCAAAAGCAUCAAGAUGACUUACAGGAUGUAAUAGGGAGAGCUGUCGAGAUUGGUGUUAAAAAGUUUAUGAUUACAGGUGGAAAUCUACAAGACAGUAAAGAUGCACUGCAUUUGGCACAAACAAAUGGUAUCCUCAUUAUUUCUUUUACCAAAAAAAAAUGAAUUAAGUAAUUUUGAAGAAGUCUUUCUGAAAACUGCUUCAGAUAUGUUUUUCAGUACAGUUGGAUGUCAUCCUACAAGAUGUGGUGAAUUUGAAAAGAAUAACCCUGAUCUUUACUUAAAGGAGUUGCUAAAUCUUGCUGAAAACAAUAAAGGGAAAGUUGUGGCAAUAGGAGAAUGUGGACUUGAUUUUGACCGACUGCAGUUUUGUCCCAAAGAUACUCAACUCAAAUAUUUUGAAAAACAGUUUGAACUGUCAGAACAAACAAAAUUACCAAUGUUUCUUCAUUGUCGAAACUCACAUGCUGAAUUUUUGGACAUAAUGAAAAGAAAUAGAGAUCGGUGUGUAGGGGGAGUGGUGCAUUCAUUUGAUGGUACCAAGGAAGCAGCAGCUGCUUUGAUUGACUUGGAUCUUUAUAUAGGAUUUAAUGGUUGCUCACUGAAAACUGAAGCUAAUUUGGAAGUUUUGAAGUCAAUUCCUAGUGAAAAAUUAAUGAUUGAGACAGAUGCACCUUGGUGUGGAGUCAAAAGUACACACGCUGGAUCAAAAUAUAUAAAAACUGCAUUUCCUACCAAAAAGAAGUGGGAAAGUGGGCACUGCUUAAAAGACAGAAAUGAACCCUGCCAUAUAAUUCAAAUAUUGGAGAUAAUGUCAGCAGUGAGAGAUGAGGAUCCACUGGAAUUAGCCAAUACACUAUAUAACAACACUAUUAAAGUAUUUUUUCCUGGAAUAUAAUUGGUAUAUGUCUUCCACUUUCCAUCAUGUAUGUAAAAUUUCAUAGUAAAACUUACUGAUAGUUUCAAUAAAGAAAUUAUCUGCAA